CUGCACACAGGGGGGUCUCUGGCUUCUACACGGGAGGCGCUGUUCGGGAAUUCCGAGGCUUUUGCAGCCGGCUCUUUGCACCCGGCGCUCCAUUCACACGAACUCCCCCCUAGGAGAUAAAGAGAGCGAGAGAGACACAGCGCUGAGUAUAUCCCCAGGAGACCAGGAUGGAAGGAGACGAGACGCUGCACCUCAUCAAAGGAGACUCACGGUCGUACUCUGGAGUCCCUAGGAAUGAUUUCCGGGGCCCUGUGUUCACCUAUGUGUCAGACCUGAAUGACAUUGAACUGGGUCACCAAGGGAAUAAACACUGUCACUCACAUCGGUCUCAGGAAGAAUGGCAGAACACAGAAAAGGAACGUGCCAGGAGGAAACUAUAUGUGGCAUCUUGUGUCUGCCUGCUGUUCAUGAUUGGAGAAGUUAUAGGCGGCUACUUUGCACACAGUUUGGCAAUCAUGACAGAUGCUGCUCACCUUCUGACAGAUUUUGCAAGCAUGAUGAUAAGUUUAUUUGCUCUUUGGAUGUCGUCCCGUCCAGCCACAAAAACAAUGAAUUUUGGUUGGCAUCGAGCAGAAAUCCUGGGAGCCCUGGUAUCUGUCCUUUCCAUCUGGGUAGUAACUGGAGUCCUAGUGUAUUUAGCUGUGGAACGAAUCAUUUCAGGAGACUAUGAAAUUGAAGGCGAAGCAAUGCUGAUCACCUCUGGAUGUGCAGUAGCUGUUAAUCUCAUAAUGGGGUUGACAUUGCAUCAAACUGGACAUGGACACAGUCAUGGAAGUUCCGGUUCUCACGAACACAGUCAUGGAAGUUCUGGUUCUCACGAACACAGCCAUGGAGAGCUAAAUAACCCUAGUGUCCGAGCCGCCUUUAUUCAUGUCGUAGGAGAUUUACUACAAAGUCUUGGAGUCCUUGUUGCUGCCUAUGUAAUUUAUUUCAAGCCAGAGUAUAAAAUUAUUGACCCUAUUUGCACGUUUUUGUUCUCUGUUCUUGUUUUGGCAACAACCUUGACUAUUCUCAGAGAUGUCCUGCUUGUACUCAUGGAGGGCACUCCCAAAGGUGUGGACUUUAACAUGGUAAAGGAUACCCUGCUUUCUAUAAGUGGUGUAAAGGCUCUUCACAGUCUACAUAUUUGGGCUCUUACAGUAUCUCAGCCUGUCCUUUCUGUUCACAUAGCAAUAAAUGAAGAUGCAGACUCUCAGAUGGUACUGAAAGAGGCCAGUUCUCGCCUUCAGAGUAAAUUCCACUUCCACACGACUACAAUCCAGAUAGAAAAUUAUUCAGAAGAUAUGAGAGAUUGUGAAGAGUGUCAGGACCCAACAGACUAAGGAUUACUCGGACCUUUGGGCUAUGUACAUGAAGUGGUAUUCACUUGAACGUGGAGCUGCCUCCUUUUGUGACCACUCCUAAGCAAAUGACUGAAUGCAGUCUUAUGUGGGUGCGGAACUUUGUUUAUAGCUUCUGCAGUGGACAGAACUGUACUGGAAAUGCAUUUCAUCCCAGGUCUUUCUUGUACUGGUUUACUCCAGAAGAUCAGUUGCAACAACCAUCUGUAGUCCACACUUUGCGGAUUUUUGCACAUAACUAUGGCAUUGGACUUGUGGUAAUUACGACAAAAAUAAAACCUUUUAUUGAUGUUCUCUACAGCUGAAAAUUGUGUCUAAAACGUAAAAUCAAACCUAUUUGAAUUGGAACCCCAGUCCAAAUUAAAGCGACAAAAUGUUCGAUUAAAAGAUGAAUUUAAAAAAUG